CUGGACGCAACAGAUUACUAAAAUAUAUCGGUCAAGAUUUGAAAACAACAGACACAACAACGUGAUAUGGGAAAUAACUGUGUCGCCCUUGACUUUGUAAUUCUAUCAACAAGUCCAAGAGAAAGGAAUCAAGCUGGCUCAUGUGUUUGAGAGCUGUUUGCCCUGUGAUCGCUACCGUUUGAGAUCCUUCGUUGUCAGUCCCCCACAGAACAAAGCACAAAACGCCUUCAGACAUGGGAGAGAAGCGGUGCUGAGGCGAACUGAACGCCACCUAGGGGAAACAAUGCGUGAGGUCAUCCCAGCAUCAAUGCGGACGGCCAAGGGUCCAUUCGCUUUGGCUGUGAAAUUUAGGAGAUAAUAUGAAACAGAAAUCAAGUCGAGUGUUCUACCGUAGGGUAGCAGAUGUGAGAAUAUUUAAUGUAUUAUACGAUGACAUCAUAGAUUGGAACUUAGAGUUGAUCGAUGAUCUACGUAGAUGUUAAACCCAGUUAAACCGGAGCCAUUCAGUCUGACUUGUUCGCAACAUCAAAAGAAUUAAAAAUUUAUUGUCAUCGAAAACAAUCAUAUCACAGGGGAAAAAAAAGAAAAUAUACUGUUCAAAAUACGCGUUUCAAAUAGGUCUAUUUGAUAUGUUUUAAAAUAUGAAACAUUCGGGAUUAUAGACACAAAGUCUCACGUAGUUUGGGGAAAAUGUGUUUAAUUUAAAGUUGAAAAAUUAAACAUUUAUAGUACACUACGAAAACAAAUUUUUACGCGAAGAUUAAACGUAAAAUCUGAAAUGUGAAAAAAUCACCAUGAAUAUUUGAAAUUGAUACGAAGAUUUUUAAAACUAGUGUAGACUAAAAUAUGGAAAUAACAUCAAUGCGGAGGAAGAUGAUUUUUGCGCCCUAAAUAUGAAGAAAUUUGUUCGACAAGAGUUUAAGAUAAGUCUGUAUAUCAGUACCUGAUGAUACAGUGGUGAAAUAAAAUAAGAAUAACAAUGAAGAUGAGUACUGUUAAGCUGGUAAAUACAAUCCCCGCAUAAUGACUUAAAGAUAAUGUAGGAAUAUACAAUCUUGAAAUUAUGAAGAACCCGCUGAAGGAGGAGAGAGUUCUUUGAUAUAUGGUCGACGGGGCAAGGAGAUUCAGAAAACUUCAUCAGCACACCAGGGUCGUGAAGGCUGCACACGGAGAUGUGCCGUGGCGUUUGACAAGAUGUGCUUUGACGUGUGACAAGAUGUGCUUUGACGUGUGACAAGAUGUGCUUUGGUGUGUUAUAAGCUGUGCUUUUGGCAAUCGGGAAGGCGACACAGCGGCACACGAAGUUACGCCUUAGCAUGUCGGGGUUACAAGAAAAUCAAGGAGCUUCGCCAAAAAGCGCCAGCCUGGACGAGAGUAGCGACGAGAUGAGCUACUACCCCGAGUCGUCCGCGUCCCUGAGUUCCAAAUCCGACGGCUCCCUCAGCACCAAACACAACGUCACCGAGGUAUCGACGGACGACACCACCUUCCAAUCAACGUCCAUGUCACUAACCGUCUCCACGGUGUUCACCAUCAAACUCAUCAACCAAAUCAAAACACGCAGCGAAAACCCCAGCCCGACGCGGUGUGAACAACCGAACUCAAAUCACUCAUUGGUGUCGGUGAAUUCAUGCUUGUCUGAUCACUCCACGACGAGAGUUUGCUCGGAGACGUGUAUGACUUUAACUUCCAUGAGAGGGAUAUCCCCAGUCUACGCAAAGACGUACAACACAGUCAACAAAAGCUACAUCUCCAGCCGGUGUAGUCGUUCCGCUAUCGAGACGUCUGAGUCUAGUUAUGACAGGACGUACAUGUGCCUCAACAGCCCUUUGUCGAGCUCCUCUUCGGAACACAGCAGCUUGACGAUUAAGCCGUGUGUCAGCCUGACCAAUGUCGAUAGUUUUAGUUAUGAGAUCACUCAGCUCACCAGCAGGAUGGAGAAAGAAGUUGCGAAGCAUAUGGUGAGCGCUAAUGAAAGCGGUACCCUCAACCCUUACGUUUUUUUCCCGAUUGUUGAAAAAAGGAAGCUGAAAGAGACAGUGGGUACCUGGGCUGAGGAGAGACACCAGGAGAUGGUGGAGGAUGUUGAGGAGAACGAGGAGGGCGAAGAGGAAGAUAGCGAGAGUAGCUGGGAAAGUGGGAGUCAGGAUCAGGAGAGUGACUCGUCUGAAUCGGAGUCGCACGCCGACGCCGCAGAGUCGUUUGAAGAAGAUGUACAUGAGGCGGGGGCACUUGAAGUAGAGUCAGUUGAACCGGGGGCACUCGAAGUGGGGUCAUGUGAUCUGGGGCCACGUGAUCUAGGGUCACAUGAACUAAGGCCAUGUAAACUAAGGUCAUGUGAAAUAAGGCCAUGUGAUCUGGGGCCACGUGAUCUGGGGCCACGCGAUCUAGGGUCACGUGAACUAAGGCCAUGUGAACUAAGGUCAUGUGAAAUGGGGCCAUGUGAUCUGGGGCCAUGUGAAUUAAGGCCAUGUGAUCUGGGGCCACGUGAUCUAGGGUCACGUGAUCUAGGGCCACGUGAACUAAGGCCACGUGAUCUGGGGCCACGUGAUCUAGGGUCACAUGAACUAAGGCCAUGUGAACUAAGGCCGUGUGAUCUGGGGCCACGUGAUCUGAGGCCAUGUGAACUAAGGCCAUGUGAACUAAGGCCAUGUGAAAUGGGGCCAUGUGAUCUGGGGCCAUGUGAAAUGGGGCCACGUGAAGUAGGGUCGCGUGAACUGUUGCCACGCGAGCUAGUGCCACAGGAACUAUUGUCACGGGGACUAUUGUCACGGGAACUAUUGUCACGGGAACUAUUGUCACAUGAGCUUUUGUCCCGUGAGCUGUUGUCAAAUGAACUUUUGUCUCAUGAACUAGUGUCACGUGAUCUAUUGUCACCUGAACUAUCGCCACAGGAACCACACGAGCUAGAGCCACACGAGCUAGAGCCACACGAGCUAGAGCCACACGAGCUAGAGCCACACGAGCUAGAGCCACACGAGCUAGAGCCACACGAGCUAGAGCCACACGAGCUAGAGCCACACGAGCUAGAGCCACACGAGCUAGAGCCACACCAGCUCCAGCCACACGAGCAGGACUCGCCCCGCGGCCACGCCACCUACUACGAACUAGCGGCAGGGGAUCUAAGCAUGGGCGGGUUCGGCGACACCACCCUCAUCUCGUACCACGAGCCAGAGGCGACACCGCAACCCCAACCCGAUAAAAAAACCACCCCUCUCGACGAGUGCGUCCCUCCAACCCCACCAAUCCCAGAGGUCACCCCGGAAGUGGUUGAAAAAAACUACGAAACUAACGCUCGGGCGAAAUUAUUGCAUAACAUUUUCAAAAAUCACUCGGCGUCUCGUGCGAAACUGGCGGCAAAAGAAACAAAGGGCGAGCACUCUAAAAACGAGGUCAAAAAUACCAGACCACGCCCCCGGACAACAUAUAAUCAAGACGAUGAAAAUACGACUACAUCUGAGCUCGAAUCGAGGAAAAGGGAAAUGAAGUCCAAAAAACUAGAUGUUUUUAAACCACCCGAAGAAGAGGCUAAAAACGAAUGUAGAACUCUUCGAGAAAAUGCCAGGAUAAAGGCACAAGACUACAGCCGGAAAUUGAGACAAGCGUUAAGUAAAGCCCGUCCUGCCACCAAAACAUGCACACGGACGAAGAAAAGCAACUGCGAUUUUUCAAAGCAGGCAGAUAUUUCUUCUCGUAAACCCGCCGAGAAAGGGUACAAGACUAAAAAUCAGACGAAGUCUAAAAAAAAUGUGAAUAGAAAAUUGAAUAGCUCGUGUGGAGGGGAUGUUAGGAAAAAAAAGUCUAGAAAAAAAGUAAAAAGUCGAACCGAAUGCUUACAGGCCAAGAGCGGGAAAAAAGGAGGUAACAACGGCCCCGUUAAAGGUCACGCACGAGCCUUAAGUAAAAAAAAUAUAAACCGAGGCGAAAAAGAUCGUGUGGUUCCAUAUAAAAAAACGAGCGCCAAAUCAAAGGUAAAUAACAACUACUCAGUCCCGGUACGAAGGACAAGCUCUUAUUUUAGUAAGAAAAAAACGCGCAUCAAAUUGCAAACAGAAGGGAAACGUCAACGAGAAGAAAUUACCGAAAACCAAAACCAAACCGUUAACGAAACUUGUCGCGUCGAGGUCGAAUUUGAGUACCUGUAGGUUCAAGCAGGGCGCUGACCGACGUUUUAUAUCGUGCGCGAAGCCCAAAAGGAACAACAUCUCAUGCGACCGAGCCUGCGUGUUUAAUAGCUGCUCCAGCUUAAGUUCUUCGCGGAUGGGUCGCCAUUAUCUUAGAAAACUCGAGAGCCCAUCCUCAUUCAAAAAUCGCACGAGUCGAUCCUCUCUUAGAAAACGAGAGAGUGACUCUUCUCUUAAAAAACAUAAGAGUCAGUCUUCCCUCAGAAAACGUGAAAGUGACUCCUCUCUCACAAAACGCACGAGUCAUUAUUCUCUUACAAAACGUAAGAGUCGCUCCUCUCUUAGAGGUCUCGGCAGUGACUCCUCUGAUGGAAAACGUAGGAGCCGGUCAUCUCUCAGAAAACGUGAAAGUGACUCUUCUCUUAAAAAACGCGGAAGUCGUUCCUCUCUCAAAAGACACAGAAGCGACUCCAAUGUUAGAAAACGAUCGAGCGACACGCCUCAACGGGAAAGUAGGAGCCCUUCCUUCCCCUGUAAACGUAGGAGUAAUUCCUCUGUCACAAAAGGUAGGAGUCACUCCUCCGUCACAAAACGUUGUAGUCACUCCUCCGUCAGAAAACGCAGCAGCGAUGCCAGUCUGAAAAACUGCUUGAGCAACACACACCAGCGGAGACGCGAGCAUUUCACGAAGACGAACAACAGUAGAUGCAUGGGGUUGCCGCCUCAAGUGCCCAGACCCAGCUGUGGACGACGAGCACCUUCAAGCAAGCUACCGAAAGUCAUCGUCAAACCAUUCGGGCGGCAGCGUGGUGCAGCCACGCCGCUACAUCACCAUCACCACAGAAACACACAGCCCAACCACAAACCCAAAUCGUCAUGGACGGAGAGUCAGAAACGAGACAUAGCCAAGACGCCGGUGUGGCGAAAAACGCCUCGUUUCGUUGGCCUUAACCUUGAUGCCACAAAAAAGAAAAUCGCAGCUUCAAGCUUGCAAAACAUUUCCGGCGGUAAAUUUCCGGGGCGGAGCUUCGGUAUCUCGUCGAAAAAAACAAGUCGGUACGCGCUUGGUAGGCAGAAUUCAACCCAAGAAGCCAACGUAAAAACUAAUAAACAUUCAGAGAAAAAAACAAAAGAAAAUUCUAAAUCUAUAAGCAGACGACGCCGUUCCACCUCGCCAUCAAGUCCGAAGUACCACACACAGACAUCAUCCAACAAAGAAACAGCCGGUCCUUCCAGUUCCCCAAAACAACGGUGUAAGAAAAAAAACAACCGAAAACUCCGAAACGCAACUCACCGACUCGCGUGUCAACACCACGUUCGAGCUGGACGAACCCGACAGACAAGGGACGACACAGUUCUUUCAGAUAAUCGAGGAGUACACCAUCCAAACCUCUCCCCCCACCGUGAGCACCAGCAUGGGCAUCGAUGCCAGUCUAGGGUUCCAGACCACCACGGUCAGUACCAGAAAGGAGCUGAGGUUUUCCAACGACUCCCCGGGGGGAUCAGAGAACAGCAUCCUCCAAAUUGGCGUCCACUCCAUCACCGAGAGCGUGGAGUAUUUGUGAUUUGUUGUGGGUUUUUUUUUUCGUAAAUAAACACCUACAUGAUCUUGUUUUUAAUUUG